CUUUGAACUGGCUCUGCAUCAGGCGUUUUCCCAUAACAAAUGCCUGAAACUCUUAUUAAGUAACUUAUUGAUUGAUUGAUUUUUUCCAGGAAUGAGAAGGGAAAUGUGGUAGACUGUUGAGGAGAAAAAAAUUUGUAAAAAUUGUAACUUCUUCUGGUAGCAUAUGAAAAAAACACAAGGUUUUGCCAUUAUUUUUAGAUGUGAGUUUGCCCUUUUGAUGCACUUUACCUGGUUUGACUCGAUUAUAUGAUUAAAUUAGUUGAUUAUAUGAUUGCUAUAGAUUUUUACUUGAUACUGUCUACUAUAGAAGUUGCAAUAUGUUUGGUUGAAAUACAAACAACACUAUUUCUCCUGGGUGUUCCCACCUUUUUUUUUUUUUUUUUAUCUUGCAUCACAACAAAGAACAGCCAAUCAAACGCAGAAUUGAGAAUGAUGACCUGUUGUGUUGGAGUUUGAACUUUGUCCUGGGUGAGCAGAGGGACAAAGACACAGCAAGACUUGACAGAUAUUUUGGUUUUGUCCCAUUUUUGGCAUUUUUUCAAGGAUAUUUUAGAUUGCGUUACCCUUGGGUCACAGUAAUGGAGAACUAUUCAGACAAGCAAAUAUAUUCACUAUCUCAGGGUGGUGAAGGGUUAGAACUACUCGAUUUGCUCUUUGAUAAGAAUGACGGCAUCUUACGGCAUGAGACUAUGGGUCCACAAAGCGAUCAGCUUUGGCCAGUUCAAGAUCCUCAUAUGAUGAUGCCCGCUCAGGGUAACGAGGAGUUCUUCAACGCACUUUUAGGUGGGUACGACUCUGUUUCUGGAUCUCCGGUUUGGUCGCCCUCUCCUAGCGACAGCGGAAUCAGCGAAGAUCCUCAUUCGGAUCACAUCGACAGUCCGCCGCCAACCGCAAGCCCUCCUUUGGAGCCUCACAUCGUCGUAUCCCAGGCGCAACACAAUCUCGACACCAACUUGCCAUUUAAUUUCAAUGGCUGGGAGACUGGAUUCCUCCCAGACAGGGCUGGGGGGAUGCAGCGCGCAUCUGAAACGCCACUGGCAGAGGCGAACACUGGAUUCCCCCUAACUGUGAAGGACCUGCUGCUAUCUGGCACACCAGAGCCUGCCACAAAGGCGACCCAGCAGUCCUACCAGGAGCUGGUUCUCACAGAGGAUGAGAAACGACUACUUGCCAAGGAAGGAAUGACUCUGCCAAAUCAGUUCCCGCUCACCAAGUACGAGGAAAGGAUUCUGAAGAAAAUCCGCCGAAAGAUCCGCAACAAACAGUCGGCCCAAGAGAGCCGGAAGAAGAAGAAAGAAUACAUCGACGGCCUGGAGAGCAGGAUGGCGGCAUGUAGCGCACACAACCAGGAGCUGCAGAGGAAAGUCUUCCAGCUGGAGAAAUGCAACAUCUCCCUGAUGGAACAACUGCGUCGGUUGCAGGCGAUGGUCAUGAAUGGAUCCAACAAACCGGCCCAGACUGGGACCUGCAUUCUGGUGCUGCUUCUGUCUUUCACCUUGAUUCUGCUGCCCAAUCUGAAGCCCUUCACAGAUACCAAGGUCAGCCAGCAUGGAGACUUUAGCCCAUUGAGAGUUCAGUCACGGUCACUGCACAACCUUCAGUCUUCCCGCGUGCUGCGCGCCCUCGAGCAUCCGUUCUCCGUGUCUGAGGACUCCAAAAUGCUCCCGCGCUUCUCUGAGGAUAAAAGUAUGGCGGAGAUAGCAUCGCUGCUGGGAAGACUUCACAGGAGACCAGAAUUCACCAAUUACGAUUCUGAAUCUCACAACCACAGUUUAGACCAGCAUGACGACCAUCACCAUGGAGACCCCAUCACUGGGCAUGUAGCAACAGUGACCUUGAAUCCACGACGUGGCUCAAGGCGGAGUCCUCAUGCUGAUGACAUGUGAAGGGCAGAAGGGGAUUUACCCGGGGAUUUGUCAAAACUCCUUUAACAGCGCUUCUGAAGACGGGAGCCAGCUAACAGAUUGCUGGAAGCUCUUUUUUCUUCUUUCUGCUGAAGUAAUUUUUAAGAGAUAGAGUAUAGCUGCUUAUUUUUAUAUAUUAUCAACACUGUAAAAAAAAAUUCUGUAGUUUUUACAAAAUUAUUUUGGCAGCUGUGGUUGCCAGAAUAAUUUUGUGAAAAAAUACAGAAAAACAGUAAACACAUUUACGGCCAAAAACUGUAAAUUUUACGGUAUGAAACUGUAAUUUAAAAACAAGAAAAUUAGAAUUUAAACCGUAAAUUCAAUAACGCACACUACUAUUAAAAUCUUUUUUGGGUUACACUUUAUUUCCACUUUAGACAUUUUACUAACUAUAAGUAACUUUUUAACUACAUGUCAACUAAUUCUCAUUAAUGUCUACUAACUCUCAGUAGGGUAGGUUUAGGGUUAGUAGAAUAAGUUGACAUAUACUUGCAAAGUCUCUCAUAGUCAGUAUGUUGUAUGUUGUGGACCCAUCAAAAUAAAGUGUUAGAAAAUAUUAAGCAGACAGUCUACUAAUACUCUAAUAGUUGUAGUUGCAAAGUUACUUACUGUCAGUAGAAUGUCUAAAGUGGACUAUCAAAAUAAAGUGUUACCCUGUUUUGUACUUUUAACAUACUGACAACCACCAUAAUAAUGCAGGUGGUAAAAGAGAAAGCCACAUGAAGAAUCAAAGAUCAUCACAAGUAGCUUCGCCACAAGCAGAAGUAUAUACUAAUAUAUAGAAGGUGCACAGAGUCAUUCAUGCAAACACAAAAUACCAUCACGGUAACACACAUGAUACUUAAAUAAUGCAAUAAACUUUCAUUAAACAACCGAAGAUGUAACAUAAAGCCCAAAUGUACAUAACUGAUAACAAAAUUAUUAUUAAACUAUUAAAAAAACAUGAUUAUUUAAACAAAAUACUUUCAAAUGUGGAGUGUCAUGCAGGGAAUUCUGGGAAUAUCAGUUUACAGUUUUUGACUUUACAUCAUACAUUGAUUUGUUCUUUUUUACUUCUAAAAACUGUACAAUUAACAGCAUUUUACUGUAAAAUUACAUGGUUAGAUCUUUUACAGUUUUUCCCUGUAUAUAGUACGGGAACUUACUGUUAACCUAUUAACAGUUUUUUUCCAUAGUGUUUUUACAAAAUUUUACAGUUAAAAUUACAAUUAUUUUUUACGGUGAAACUUUGGAUAAAAUAACAAUUCCAAAUUUUAUCUGUUGAUUUGGAAUGCUGAAAAUGCAUUUUCUCUCGUUUUAAACUUGCCAAAGCGGAUUAUCUUUCUUUUUCGUUAAAAUGCAGUGGGGUCCAAACGAAAUAAAUGCGUUUUCUUAAACAAGGCAAUUAUUUUUGCAAGAAUAACAUGGCUGACUGACUGUAGCUACAUUAUUUUGCUUGUUACAAAGCUACAAGUUAAAUGAAUAUGUGCACAUGAAAUAUUGAAUUAUUUUACAGUUUUGUAGCCUAUUAUCUUAAAUUUUCCGCUAUGAAAAAAUAGUUGACUAAUAACGUACAAAACAAUCGGACUAGCAAGGAGAUGAACGCUGAAAUAAUAUUGCUGUGAUAUUAAUAAUUUUCGCCACAAUUGAUAACAGAGAUGCAAGAUGGCGACCGUUGCGUUUGUAUGAAACAAGAGAGUGUGAGAGAAAGUUGUGCCGGUUUCAUUAAUAAUACACAGCGUUGGCAUGGCCUGCGUCCGAAAGCUCUAAAAUGCUGCCAUCGGGGGCAGCAUUCCAAGGCAGGAAGGCAUCAAGUCACGUCAGAAUCCAAAUUCUGCUUUACUUCCUGUCUCCAGAGGUACCUUCUUCCAACUGAAUUUUGAAGACAGGUUGCCAACUGCUUUCAAUUGAAAGUAGCUAAAACUGGUAGCUAAAUGUCACUAGAAAACAUCAUAAUGGCAAAUUCACUGAUCUAUAUAAAGAUGAAUAUAGAUCAGUGGGCAAGAUAAAAACUUAGAUGAGUUUUGUCCAAGAAGUUGCUAUAUUUGUCCCUAAACCUUUGAAAAAAGUCUCAAAAGGGGUGGGGAAGUAGCUAAAUCUAGCUACAAAAUCGCUAAAUUGGCAACAAGACAGAUGUAUCCAUUCGCUGCUUUUGAUAUCCCACAAUCCUGUGCAUUCCAUUCUGUGACAGUUGAGCUAAAACAUAAAGAUGGCGUCUGAAAGUUGCGUUUGGUUGUCAAUUUGUGUGUAAAUGUAUAUUUCUGACUAACUUUUUGCACUUUUGAUGUCAUUUCUAGCGAGAAAUCAGUAUUAUAGUAAUUAAAUAUUCGUUUAGUUAUCACCAAAACUGUUACGCUGCCUCAGAAGCCUGUCUGCAAUCACACUGUAAAAAGUGAUAAGUUGACUUAACUUAAAAAAAUUGAGGAAACCCGUUGCCUUAAAAUUUUUAAGUAAAUGAUAAUUAAAAAAAAUAAGUUAAGUGAAUUGUCAAGUUCACUUAACUUUAAAAAAUAAUGAUUUUCUGAAAAAUGAAAAAAAAAGGGUUUCCUCAAUUUUUUUAAGUUAAGUCAACUUUUACAGUGCAGUUUCAUGAGGUGCCUUUGAGCAAAAACGCUGCCUGCAAAGUCAUUGCCUCAUAAGACAGCAAGGCAGCAAGUCAGCUGCUUUCGGACGCAGCCAUGGAAAUAUCAGGUCGCUGGAUGACGCGAUUGACCAAAUAGAAUCAAGUAUUCAGAGCGUCGUGUAAUAAAAUGUAAAUAAAAAAAAAUAACAAUUUGAGUGAAAAGUUGAAAUAAAAAAUAUGAAUUCAAAAGUUCAAUGCAAGCAAUGAAAUCUGAGUGUGUACAAAUGAAUUAACAUGGUAAGUUUGAAAAUGUUAAAUAUUUCAUAUUUAUUUGACUUUUUUUAAGAUUAAAGGUUAUUAAAUAAAUCCCAGAUGUGGCAUCAGACUUUUGGACUCCACUGUAUAUAUUAUAGCUGUGAUCACUAGAAAUUUGAACCAUCUGUUCUGCCAAUGUAUUACUUGCACUACAGCUAAGGUGAAUAAUAAUACAAAAUCAGCUCAUUCCAAUUCAUGAAUUUUACAUUUUGAAUCCUUCAGCAAGUUUGUCCUAAAGUACUGCCUUGUGUUUGUUUUCUCUUUGAAGACAGUUUUGCUUUAUGGGUAUUAAUCUGAAUGCUAAAGUAAUUUUUUAUGGACUAAGAACAAGUUAGUGUGCAUAAAUUGCUUUUGAUAACAAAUGUGCUUUUUCAAUAAAACGUUGUGUUGAAUUGCCUUUCAACUUAUUUUAUGGGGUUGCUUUGUUGUUGCUUUUU